AUGCAUUCUCAUCUACAUACAAAAGAUAAUAUCGGGUGCGAGGAGAUCAUGAACGCCCUCGACGAGUGCCACGCCCGUGGCUUCCUCUACAAGGCCAUAGGUGGCUGCAACGACAUCAAGCGAGAAGUAAACAAAUGUUUAUCAGGGGAACGGACGAAGAAAAGCAGGAAGAAUCGGGAAACUGCUCUUGAGCGGCGGGCGAGGAUCGAAUCCGUGUGGGCCAAGUUCGACGAGGGCGACUACUCAGCACUGGAACAAUUUACGAAAUCAAAAUAA